GCGCUGCGCGGGCCUCACUGUGGCGGCGGCAGCGGAGGAGGCGAGAGGAGGAGGAGAACCGGAAUCCGCGGUGUGGCGUCUCCCCGCAGCCUCAUCGCUGGGCCCCGCCGGCGCUCCCCAUGCCCGUGUGGUGCUGCCGCUGCUCCUUGGCCGGUCACUUCAGAAGCUACAGCAGCCCUGAAGCUGAAGGACAGCUUUUGAAUUCCUUCACCCAGUAUUUUGGUGACAGCCUCGGGAGGAAGAUUAAAAGAAUGCCUUUAAUUGAAGAAACUGUUCUGCCUGGGGACUCCCUCCUUACUCUGCCUGUAGUGGUAAUAGGAAAUGGACCUUCAGGAAUUUGUCUUUCUUACCUGCUCUCUGGGUACAGGCCGUAUUUAUCUCCUGAAGCUAUACACCCAAACCCUGUUCUACAUACGAAAUUAGAAGAAGCUCGACAUCUUUCCAUUGUGGAUCAAGAUUUGGAAUACCUGUCUGAAGGUCUUGAAGGACGCUCUUCAAACCCAGUGGCAGUGCUUUUUGAUACGUUGCUUCAUCCUGAUGCUGACUUUGGGUAUGACUACCCACCUGUUUUGCACUGGAAGCUAGAACAACACAACUACAUUCCCCACAUAGUGCUUGGUAAAGGACCACCUGGAGGAGCUUGGCAUUCCAUGGAAGGCUCUAUGCUAACAAUCAGUUUUGGAGACUGGAUGGAAUUGCCUGGCCUCAGCUUUAAGGAGUGGGCAGCUAACAAACGCAGAAAUAUAAAGAGUGAUCGAGUAAUGCCAGAGGAAAUAGCUUGUUAUUAUAAGCACUAUGUUAAAGUCAUGGGCCUCCAAAAGAAUUUCAGAGACAAUGUUUACAUAACAUCAGUAUCCCGGCUUUACCGAGGAAAGGAUGAUGAAGAUAGAACUCAACUAAAUGAAAAUAUUUCAACACAGCAUUUGGAAAUGGAAGAUGGACAGAAAUCACCGAUUAAGAGAAACUGGGAAGUCAGAGGUUAUCAGCGAGCAACAGAUGGUUCUCAUGUGCCCUUCUGCCUCUUUGCUGAGAAUGUGGCCCUUGCCACAGGAACCUUUGAUUCUCCUGGCCGACUACAAGUUGAAGGAGAAGACUUUCCUUUUGUGCUUCAUUCUAUGUCUGACUUUGGAGCUGCUAUCAGCAAAGGAAAGCUACGUGGGAAGCCAGACCCUGUCCUAAUUGUGGGUGCUGGACUUACAGCAGCUGAUGCAGUACUGUGUGCCUACAACAACAACAUCCCAGUAAUCCAUGUGUUUCGUAGAAGAGUUACUGACACAAGUCUAAUUUUCAAACAGUUACCGAAAAAGCUUUACCCUGAAUACCAUAAGGUCUAUCACAUGAUGUGUACUCAGUCCCAUACUGUGGACUCUAAUCUACAUUCUGCUUAUACUAGUUUUCCUGAACACAAUGUACUUUCCUUCAAGCCUGAAAUGAAGUGUGUUCUUCAGAGUGCCUGCGGACUGAAGAAAAUUUUGAAGUUUUCUGUAGCCUUAGUCCUAAUAGGUUCUCACCCAAAUCUUUUCUUUCUUAAGGACCAAGGACAUAGUAUAGGUCACCACUCUAAUCAGCCCAUCACAUGCAAGGGGAAUCCUAUAGAGAUUGAUCCAUACACUUAUGAAUGCACUAAAGAAGCCAACCUCUUUGCAUUAGGUCCUCUGGUGGGAGACAACUUCGUACGGUUUUUAAAAGGAGGUGCACUGGGCAUUGCACGAUGCUUGGCAAUAAGGCAAAAGAAGAAGCAUGAAUUGAUUGAAAGUAGGGAUGGAGGAGGUGAUGGGGUACCAUAAAUGAGAUGUUAGAAACUCUCACAUACAGAAUUACAGACGUAGUCUAACAGAACACUCACUGGCAGCGAAAGUUGAUAGCAGUCCCAUUUCUGUUGUGUACAAGUAACCCACCUGCGCUUGUAUUGCUUGGUAAAGGAUGCUGAUACUACAGUACUUCACCUUUUCAAAACACAAAAAAUCGAUCUGCUAUUACAACUGAUAUCUACUCAACUGGAAUUACUUCCAGAUAAACAGAAAAUGAGACUAAUUUAUAUUGACCUGCCUGUCAUCUCUUGCUCAGCUGAAAGAGCAGACUUCCUCUGGGAAAAGCAAUGCCUACCAGAGUGGCUUUACACUUUAGUGUCAAAUGUGACAAAAUAUUCCUACCGUGAAAUAACUUCUAAAAGCAGAAAGCUUACUUAGUGCAAAGUGAUUCUUGGUCCCAAAGCAAAUUUGGAGACUUCUUCUUGAAACAAGGGUUUUAUUUAUUUUCCAUAGUAACACAGUAAUACUUGGAAUGAGCACUUACUAAAAUGGAGUUUACUAUAAGAAGGAUUUCUGUAAGCAAGGAGUAUUCCUCAACAGUUAUAAAUUAUCCUAUUUGAUAAUUUGAGUAAAUGAAUAAGCAUUCCCAUUUAAUCUUUAACACAUGAUUUUACACAGUCUGUUAAUGGUUUUUUCACGUUAUGCCUCGAGUUGGGUGAGUGCAGAAAGGCUAACAUCAGAUGUUCCUCUAUGGUGGUGUGUACAUUUCUGAGAAUACUCAUUAACAUAAACAAUAAAGAACUGACAUAAGUGCUCUUAUUACAGUGUCAAUACAAUGAAUAUAUAGUGUACUACUGAAAAACUUAGAGAACUUCAGGCGUUUUUGCUUCCUAGCUCAGGAAGACUGAAUGGGAUCACUUGACCAGUGAAGGCUGGAAGGUUGGUGAUAGAUAUUCUCAUCUCCAUUUGACCAAGUAUUGGUUAUUUCUUUUUUCUUUAUUUUUUUAAGAGCAGCACAUAACACUGAAGCUGUUCUAGCUUGCAGAUUUUGAAACUUGAAAUAGAGCUAUAUCUCACAGCCAACAAAAAGCAAACAAACCAAACCCAAAACAAACAUGCUGUACUUCCUAUAAAUCUCAAGGCCUCUUAUGAAAGACAAAGACUUGUACCUACCUCUGAAUUGAAGUUUCACCUUUCCUCCAUAUUGCUCCAUAAUAUUGCUCCAUAAUAAUAUAAGCCCUAGGUUUCAUUUGCUGGGUUUUAGAGUAGUUAGUUUACCUAAACACACUCAUGGGUCAUUCACCAUAGCAAAGUAAGCAACAGCUAGUUAGAAAAGUUAUUUUCCAGAACUCUCACUAGACAAAGUUUUAACUGAUUUAUUAACAUGUUUUAAUUCAGAUCUAAUGUGAUGGAAAUAGGCAUUAUUUUUUUUGUUUGUUUGUUUGCUUGAGGUAUUUUUGUGUUCAAAACAAGAAUAUCAUGUUAGUUUAGGGUAUUGUGUUUGCAUGAUUAAAAUCUCCAUGUUAGAACUUGAACAGAUUUUAAAAAGGAAAUCAGGCUUAGACUUUGUGAAACUGCUAGUGCUUGCUGGUUUCCCAGCUGUCUAAUAAGUUGUGGAUACCUUUAUGCAAUAAAUGCCUGUUUUCUGUGCCUACUGAAUUAUGGGGUUCUGUAGCUACUGCAGACCUUUAUGCACCUGAGUAAAUUACUCAUGCUUUGGAUUUAGAAGCUGAAAAGGUAAAGUAUGCAAGGAUUAAAGUGACUCCAUUUCCAAUGGAAGUCCAAAGAAGUUUGUGAAAUGAUGCUACUGCUACUAAUUAAUUUUAGUUUAGAGCCAAUUUAACAGCAGAAAAAUUAACAUGAAGGAAUGUUCAUAUUAAUUUCUUCAUUACCUACAUGGUUGAAUUUAACCAUGCAUUGUUAAUACUAGUUAAGAUACUUUUUUAUACUGGUACUUUAGCUGGCUUUAAUUAUUCUAAAUUCUAGGCUUAUUCAUAAUUGAAUUGAGAGUCUAUAAUUUCCCUUCUUUGACAGAAACUGUGUAUAUAUAAAUAUAUCCUAAACCUGUAAUACCUAAUAAUUUUAACUGAGAAUCAGUGUUACAAGUGCUAAAUACUUGAUUAUGGAGCUUUGUUGCAGUUAAUAUAUUGGGAAUACAUCUGCGCUCUGAUUAAA